GUCAACAAUAGAUUGAGAGUUUGGGUCUCACGCGAGCCAUAGCAACACCAAACCAACAAUUAAAACACAUUAUUAUUAUUGUUAUUAGCGUUUGUGUUGUGUAUGGCUUAUGAGGUUCUCUGCCAUCAUCUGUGAGACCAGUGACUGAAUGCCCGAUACGUUUGGACCGAAAUGAAUGGUGAGAUGUGUGACCUGCGGAGGGGGAGGGGGCGGCCGCGCAAGUUUGAUAAGAGUGGACAAGUGUUUGUCUGCGAUUGGAUGGGAUGUGACAAGAGAUUCAACCAGAGCUGUAAUUUGAAUAAACAUUUGUUAACGCAUUCAGGCGAUCGGCCGUUUGCGUGCGAUUGGCCCAACUGUGGCAUGUGGUUCACGCAGUCAUCCAAUCUAAACAAGCAUUACUUAACGCAUACAAACGAGAGGCCGUUUCGGUGCAAUUGGCCCGACUGUGAGAAGCGAUUCAAACAGUCAUCUAAUCUAAACAAACACAAACUCGUCCACACCGGUGAAAAGCCAUAUAUCUGUGACUUUCCUCAAUGUCUGAAGAAGUUCUCGCAAUCGAGUAAUUUGAAGAAACAUAAAUUAGUUCAUUCCGGUGAGAAGCCAUUCAAAUGCCAUUUCAAUGGAUGCGGAAAACUAUUCGAUCAAAGCUGUAAUUUGAAUAAACACUACUUAACGCAUAUUGGUCAUAAGCCCUAUGUAUGCGAUUAUCAGGAUUGCGGCGAAAAGUUUUCCCAAUCGUCUAAUCUGUCGAAACACUACCGAAGCAAACAUUCGGGUCAACCGUCGACUUCCUAUUCGCUGAGUAACGGCGUCGCCGUCGCCAGUGUUGCCGCCGAUGACGACUCCUCGCAAUUCAUCAAAUGUGAUGUCACUAAUUGUGAUGUAAUCCUAAGCCAAUCGAGCGCUUUCACGAUUGAACACAAACCUAAACUAUCCGCUAAUAAUAAUGAGACGAAAGACACACAACAACAGCAACAACAACAACACCUUCAGCAGCAGCUUCACCAACAGAUGAGCGCUCAUCACCACCUCUCACACCACAGGAAACGAUUGGACACCACAAACAGCGCGGCGGCCAUUGCGUUGGUCAACGAGUUGGAAGCGGUGGCCGCCGCUCAUCGGGUUUGUCCGACACAGCGGUUCACUUUCGAGACACUGCCUCUCAGUUUGAAUCUGAGCUAAGAGUUGUAUUGAGUGAUUUGGACACCACUUCUCACCCAUACAUGAAAUAUGUUUGAUAUCAAAGUACUCGUGAAAUUGUAAUUGUCUUCGU